AUGACUAAGACAGCAGCCGCCGAAGCGGCUCCUCCAGCCGCACCCGCCCCGGCAAUAAAGACUCCCAAGAAGAAGGCGGCUGCCCGGAGCAAACCAACCGGUCCCACGCUGGGCGAACAGAUCGAUAAGAUCGUGGCGGGUUGUCGCGAUAGGAAGGGUAUGUCCGGUGCGGCCAUCAUUAAGGCUCUGACCGGCAGCGGUGUCGAUGUGGUGAAACGUCGCCCCGAGAUCAAGAUGAGCAUCAAGAGGAAAGUGGAAAGCGGCUCCUUGGUUCAGAUGAAGGGCUCGGAUAUUUCGGGAUCCAGUAAAUCCGGUAAAGGGAAAAGUGCCGUGAAGGUGGUGAAGAAAGCGAAGAAGCCAUCGGCAAAGAAAUCUGCAAUCAAGAAAUCUCCCAGCAAGAAGCUUGGCGCCAAGAAAACAGCGGCUAAAAAAACGGGAGCUAAGAAACCUGCGGCUAAGAAAAUAUCUUAA